UGUCUAUUAUUUUCUUACGCUACAAUUAAUCAACCAGCUAUCUUUGUCUAUAAAAUAGAGCCUCGUAGACUAAAAAUGAUAGGACCUGGACUGGACUCCCUGCAGCGUAGAGAAGUUUGCUAGUUACUAUUUGGUACAAAGAAUUAUUCCCACCAAGAUUCUGUUCUGUGUAUCCAUUUCACCUCUAUCUGAGUUUUUUUCUCGGUUCAGCUCUAGCUAGAGAGACAUGGCAGCAGGUCUUAACAACGAAUACAUGGCUCUGUGCCUUGUUUUGAUGAUUAGUAGUUUUGGUUUGUGUUUGGUCUCGACACAUGCAGAGCUUCGAAGGUUUGAACAACCUGCAAAAACUGACGGGACACUUUCCUUUCUGGUGCUUGGAGACUGGGGCAGAAAGGGUGCUUUCAACCAGUCUGAAGUUGCUCUUCAGAUGGGAAGGAUUGGAGAGAAGCUGGACAUAGAUUUUGUAGUAUCAACAGGCGAUAAUUUCUAUGAUGACGGAUUAAUUGGUGAACAAGACAAAGCAUUUGAGGAAUCCUUUACCCAAAUCUACACCGCCAAGAGCCUGCAAAAGCAGUGGUAUAGUGUGUUGGGAAACCAUGAUUAUAGAGGGAAUGCGGAAGCACAGUUAAGCCUUCACCUCAGGAAAAUAGAUAGCAGGUGGCUUUGUUUGAGAUCUUUCAUUGUCGAUGCUGAAUUGGCUGAAAUUUUCUUUGUGGACACCACCCCUUUUGUCCAAUCUUACUUCACUGAUGCCGAGGGCCAUAAUUAUGACUGGAGAGGCAUUGGUUCUCCUAGAGCUUACAUCGCAAACCUAAUAAAGGAUCUAAAGUUGGCGUUGAGCGAAUCAAGUGCAAAGUGGAAAAUUGUCGUGGGUCAUCACUCGAUUAGAAGCAUUGGACAUCACGGGGACACUAAGGAACUUGUAAGCAAGCUUCUUCCAAUCCUGAAGGCCAACAAAGUGGAUUUUUACAUGAAUGGACAUGACCAUUGCCUUGAACACAUCGGUGACGCUGAGAGCCCAAUACAAUUUCUAACUAGUGGAGCUGGGUCUAAGGCAUGGAGGGGUGACAUUAAAAAACAAAAGACAGGUGGGCUAAAAUUCUUCUAUGAUGGUCAAGGUUUCAUGUCUGUGCAGUUGACUCAGGAUGCAGCAGAGAUUGCAUUUUAUGAUGUUUCUGGCAAUGUUUUGCAUAGAUGGACUACAACAAAGUUGCUUUACUCAUCAAUAUAAGGAUCUAGAGCUAGAGGAUCGUCAUUGUUAUAGUUAUAUUUUCUUAAUAUCAUUAUCGUGCUCAUUCUUUGUCAAUGGGCACUAUUUUAAUGGUGA